AACAGUGCUAAUGACAAUUAUGACAAAGAGAAAGAAGAAUAUUAUGGGCUUACCGUAAGUUCUAAUGGUGAUGUAGGAUGGUUCUACCCCACAAUAUUCAAGAGUUCAUGUACCAUUGACGUCACCUAUUUUCCGUUUGAUGAUCAGGUAGGGGAAAAUGUUUAAAAUAUCAUUUCAUUCAAAAAGUAAGGUCGGGCUACCUCAAACUUUAUCGGGCUUAUUCCAACUCGUUCAAUUCCUCAAAUGCUGGCACAUUUUUCUGAAGUUGAAUUCUAAAAGACUGGAUAAAAAGAAAAAGAAAGUCGUUGCCAUAUGUUCACGUCUAGACUACGAGUUGUCCCCCAUUUUUCCGCAGGGAUAGUAGAGCGAGCGAAACGGGAGCGCGCGUGCAAUUCACCCCACGCGAGAAAGGCGAGACGCAGUGGACCUUUUCUCGCGUGGGGUGAUUUUCAAGCGCGCUCGCCUUUCGCUCGCUCUACUAUCCCUGACGACAAAUGGGGGGAAACUCGUGGUCUAGUUCACGUCCUCAACAAAACGUGAAAUUAGGUACUUUCACGUUGUAGUCGUGCCGCGAUUACAAAGAAACAAAAAAGCGUAAUGCACGGGCAAAGUUGUUGUUUUGCCGAUCCAAACCUGUUAUUCUUUUGCCGUUCUCGUUGGCGUCGCCGUCUUUGUUGCCUAAGCUCCCCAUUGUUUUUCCCCUGCAGGGAGUUGAUUGGGAAUUCCUCACCACCAAACAUGACAGAAGGUCCUUUAGGCUAUCUCCAAGACACUAUAAAGGGACAUGGUAGUCAAGUCCAUGAGUAACAUUAAAGAAAAAGAGUCACUUCAUUUUUUUUGGUUUUGUGCAAAGUGCAGCAAAAUCCAUUAAUUAACUUGCUUCUCUUUUCAGAAAUGCAUUCUGAAGUUUGGGUCAUGGUCCUAUCAUGGCUUGAGUCUGGAUAUAUUUCACAAAGGUCCUGGAGAUACUGCAUCAUUCACUGAUAAUGGCGAAUGGAUACUGGUUGGGAUGCCUGUUACAAAAUUCAUUACCAAAUACCGCUGCUGUCCUGAGCCCUAUCCAUUUAUAACUUACAAUAUCGUCAUUCGUCGUCGUACCAUGUAUUAUAUCUUAAACUUUUUGACUCCGUGCGUACUCAUGUCAGCAUUAACAAUCCUUGGUUUCUUUCUCCCGGUUGAGUCUGGCGAAAGAAUGAAUGUGGGUGUAACUGUAUUACUAUCGUUAACUGUUAUACUUUUGUUACUAGCCGAAGAACUUCCAGCCACUUCCGAAGUUGUUCCGUUGAUCUCCCGAUAUUAUACCUUGACGAUGGUGAAUGUUUUUGUGUCCAUUGUUUUUACUUGCGUCGUUCUCACGUUUCAUCACCACUCUCCAACACCGCUACCGGCCUGGGUACGACUGUUCAUCUGCCAGUGGUGUGCAAACGUCUUACGUGUAAAGAGAAACGGCAAGAAAACCAACGAGUCUUGCACUUCGGCAAAGAAAUUUCUAAAAAAUCGUAACAUGAGAAGACAUUCACUGGGCGAGCGUCUUUAUAAUGGCGAUAGCACAGAGCCAGUUACUACUAACCCAUUUGUCAGUGACAAAAAUCAUGCUAACGGUACACAUCAGCUUGAAACGGAUUCAAACACACCCAUUCAAUUACAAACCUUAGGUGAUCAAAACCUUCGAAAGCGACUUAGUCAAGCCUCCAAACAGUCAGAGGCUCUGGAUAUUCUUGUGCAAAGGACUAAGAAAGAUGAAGAGAAGGAGCACUUUCAGCAAGAAUGGCGUUUUGCUGCUCGGGUGCUGAAUCGAUUGUUCAUGUGGAUUGUUCUGAUCUUAGUUGUGUUUAACUGUCUGGUAGUGUUAUUCUCGGCUCCAAGAGAAAACCUCGACUGAAUUCACUUCGUGUGUACGUAUAUGGACCCACCCUCGUCGGUCAUGAGACUGGUGGUGUCGGUCAGACAAAGCUGUCUUUCGUUCUGUUGUUAUUAAUGUCGUUUAAAAGUUAGACUGCAAAACAGUCGGUUUUUUUCUCAAAAUCAGUAAAGAAAUCGGUUAAGCGUGGCGUAAGAGUCUUAAGCGCGAAGCGCGCUAGCGAGAGAAAAAAAACCGACUCUCCCCAGUGUCGCUCUCUGUUUUCAGCUUUGUUCCAGACUUUUCGUUUGACUGCUCGCGCUUACUUGAAUACGCAAAAAUACGAAUGUUUUGCAGUCUAUUUAAAAGUACGUUACGUUUAACAACUUCAAGUUUUGAAUCAAAUGCGGAUCUCCUACAGGAGUGGAAAGGUAGAAGAUCCUCUUCUAAAAGAUAGAGCUCGACUAACCGAUUUAUGUUCAAAAUUUCGAUCUGUGCAUAAAAUGACUAAAAUUCGUUGUUUCGUAAUAUAAUUAUAUCGUCGGUUCUUUUGUUUACUACAAAAGUGCCUGUGAGGUGGCAUCCCUUGUGUGUAACUAAUUGCUUGUGCAUAUGAACUGUAAACAUGAAGUAUGGGGCUAUAAGAGUGUGACACUGCAAAAGUACUGAGAGUCCAAAAUAAACACGAAGCGUUUUCAAUUGAUGUAAGAUGUAAAAUGUUAAUAAAACAUAUAAGUGAAAAGGUAACAAAACUGAUAAUGAUUAGAAGACCUACGGACUUCUAACUGGAAAACCUUCAAAUCGACCGUGCAAAGUUACAUACACAUUACUCAUUAUAUGAUUAUAUACUGACAAGAGACUAGUCUCUUGAUACUGACGAAUUAACAAUGUAAAUCAAGAGGAACAUAAAUGGCCGUUGUAAUAUUAUCUCUACUGAGAUUCAUGAUUGGUAUAAUAUAAAUGGUAGAGAUCAAAUAAGAGGGUCUUUGUUUGCGUUCAAGCAUUCUUAUUCUGGUGCUUCCAUCAAAUUAACGUGCUUCAAUGCUGAAUUCAAAGGCAACAGAUGUUGCAAAGUUUAGCAUAUUCACAGCAGCAGAUUUCCAGGUCUUACCAUGUCAAGUUUAUAGAGUGAAGGCAGUGAACGCCCCAGUACGGCCAGUAUUUUUGUCAUUUCUGAUCCCAGUUUUAGACCUGUUGCCUAAACGUUUAUUAAAGCUUUUACUCCUAUAGGUGCUUUGCAAAGAGUUACACGUUUUUGCAAAUACCAAAGGAACCAAUAACGUGACUAAAGAGAUUUCAUAUGAAUGUUACAUCACAAGAUUUCCUCCGCAGACUCAAUAGUUCAAACUCCGUACGGUGAAAGUAGUACUGCUGCUAAAAAGAUUUAAAUCAAUUGGAAUCGUCGCACCAUAGGAAUCCAUCCACAAACUAACAGUCAAAAGUUAGAGCUAAUCACCUUAGCUGUUCUCCUUUUAUCCAUUGAACCUGGGGUAAAGGAGUUAAAAAGGAAAGGCGUUAUAAACAGCAACUGUUAAUUGUAAUUAUACUCACUGAUUCAUCCAGUCGUGCGUCGAAAAAGCAGACUUGAUUACAAACCCUUUGAUCAAAAACUGAUGUAAAAUAGUGUAAGACGUAUAGGAAAAGUUAUACCGAAUAUAUCAUAAAUAAAAUGAAUUAUUAUUAUUAUGAAAGGUAAAUAAAGAUAAAUAUUAAAGAAAGCGAUUUGCUUUAAUUGAAUGUUGAUGAAGUGAACUUUAUGGUCAAUCGGAAACACAAACUAACUCUCCUGCUUUGUGCUUUAUAAAUGAUCAUCCUUCAAGAAUUUUCCUGUUUAUUUCAAUUAAUUUCAGCCUAAAUUUGACACUUUUUAGGCGUAAUGGCGGAAAAAAUGAAUCACGGCGUCAAUACCAUUCUUGAGAGCGCUUUAUACUUACACAAAGAAAAAUGGUUGUUUCGUACGUUCACUCUCGCCACCGCCCCCCUCGAACCGCUGAGUAUUUUCUAGUACCCAUGCUCCGGCUUGCGAUAAAAAUGGUACACUGUUCAUUUUGACAAGGGAAAUUCAAUAUGCUAUAAAAUAACUAACGGGCACAUCUGGUGAUUAUAUAAGAAACAUUAACUGCAGGUAAGCUAUUGAAAUUGGGGUGUGGAUAUCGUUCUUUAUCCUACGUUACAUGUUAUUAAGCCACUGUCGUGAUGUCACGUGACGCUAGAAACAGAUAUAUUUUUACGUAUAAGAAUUAAGUGAUACUUGAGCAUUUAGUGUAAAUUGGCCAGCUUCCCCCUCUUCAAACUUUCAGCCACAAUUCACCCUAUAAAACAAAUCCCUUUGGAAUAGUACGAACGAUAAAAUAUAUUGCUUCCAUAUAUACUUCGUAUGGCUGAUACCAUUCACGCCGUUUUCUUAUUGAAAUGUUUGAAACAAGUGAUUCUAAUAAAGCUUGAAAAAUUCACGUUGCCCGACUGCCAAGUUUUCCAUUUAUUUUCUCCUCAUAUUUAUUUCACACUGCGGGGUAUCUUGUUUUGAUUCUUGCAACAGCAGGUUUAAAUAAAAUUUACCACUUCCACCCUAACACAACAAAAAACGGUAAAAAAAAAAAUGAAAACGUCGUUCAAGUGAACAUUUUUUUUGUUGUUUGAACACAUAGAGUGAAUGAAAAACGAUGAUUUAACAUUACUAUUAGAGUUCUGACUAAUCUAAAUUUUUCGGCAUUUUCAGAAUCGUUUUCUUGUUGUGCGUUAAUUAGGUUUCUCAGCAUGCUGUACAAAAUUUCAACCCAGUUUCAUCUUCUGCAAAGUAAGUACCUAACUAAAUUCAUUCACAGUUUACCAAAACUGCCAAACGCAUCUUUGAUGAAACUUGAACAGAGCUGAUUUAGUGACUGUAGCGUUUGAUUCGUCUUCCGUAUAUAUAGAAGGGAAAAUUAGGCAGAUUACCUAAUCAAUAAAAUAAUUAUGACUUCUCGCUUGGCGGCUCACAAAAAAAAUUUAAAAAAGCCGGCAAAGAAGUUCUCUUGUGAAAAUGAAUCACUGCGACCAAAUAACGAGAGACUGCGAAGUUAUUGAAAAUUUAUCACUCAGCUGUGUGUUUUUUUUUUAUGAAAUUCCGGGCCUGUGAUAAUUAGACAAGCCAAAACUCUCUAGCCACCUGUAAGCGUGUCAGCCAAUGAUAUCAGUGCAGAGUAUUCGCGCAUACACUCCUCAUGCAGCGCUAUUUAGAUUAUCAGUAAAAGACAUCCCGAUAUUUCUGUUAAACUAACCCUGUCGUUUACCCGCAAUCGUUCGGACCAGGUUGCGAAGGCUUAGUAUGUUAUUUAUGUUAAAUGUCGGAUUCUAUUGAAAGAAAUGGCAAGUUACAUGCCUGCACUUCUCUGCGAUAUAAUGAGAAUUUUGUUACUCUUGCUGAUUCUUUUCUUAAAUUCAAGUGAAGGUAAGGAUUUUUCAGUUGGUUUUGUGUUCUGAGUUUAGUGUCAUGUCAAACAUUUAUGAAUCUGCUUCUGAAAUUAGAAUUGACCCUAAAAGUAAUGUCGCACUGGGAUUAAACUGUUGGCUUAAAGCACCUUCCAGGCAAAUUCGCAGUUUACGUGUUCGAUUAGUGUUUUAAAAAUAUAUUCAGAUUGAAUUGCACCGUUUUAAAUAUCAAUACAAGCUUAUUAUCAAAUAUCUGUCUGUGCGACAAAAAAUUCUUCACUUCUACCGCGAGUCAAAAUAAAAUUAGCUAAUAUAAGUAUUCAUCAGAGACUAUCUAAGCCUUUAAAAUAAAAUUGUUUUUCGCCAUAAAACCCAAACAUAGUAAAAACCUACGGUCACUAGAUGAAUCACCUAUUAGACCUUUGACGGAGACCGGUUAGGAUUAUCAAAUGACGGCAAAAAUAUGGUUCGUCUCAGUAUAGGUGCAAUGAUUAAUUUAAGCCGUCUUCAAUAUUCUUCCCGUAACUAUACUGACAUUUAGAUGUCGGAAAUUUAAUCGUGAGUCUGAACUGAGAUAAGCAUGAGAAAACUAUCAAUUUUUUGCCCAUUUUUUAUUUAGUAUUUAUUAGACAGGGGUUACACGCGUUUUUAUCAUCCGACUUGUAAGUCUCCCUCUAUUUGCAUGUGAAUUUAGCUUUUUUCUCCCUUUUACUCCCAAUUAUUAAAAGCUGAGUGCGUUCUUAGAUUAACUUAUGCGUCCACGCCAAACAUUUAGGGACAUCUUAAAGUUCUCGAUCGCGAAUCAACCUGGUAGAGUACCCUAAGGCUAAGCCCUCUCUUGCACAAUUAAGCUCGUAAUCUGAAUGGCUAUUAAAACAUAGACUGCACCAAGGAAAUAAGAAAUGAUCUACUCUCUUAGUAAUUUUCACAAACUCUCCCUUAAUCCGACCGCCAUCGCUAAGGAACAAACAAUUCAGAGUUACACAUGUGACAAGAUUAUCACGUGACAAAUCAUGUGACCACAAUUAGCUAAACCAAUUUUGAUUCCAAAAACGUGUCAUUUUGAAUCUUCUACUUAACUAUCCAACUGGCCUCAAUUGUAAAAAAGGUGUCAUGAUAACGCUUCCUACUGGACAAAUAUCUAUUCAUUGAAAAGCGUAAUUGGUUUUCCCAAAGGAUAGUGAUUUAUCAGUUAAAUUGCGCUAUGUAGCGUUUGAACAUCCGAUCCUUGGCCUGGAUCCAUGGAUUGGAUUGUGUAACCAUACAGGUUUAUUUGUUUGUUUUUUGCUUGUUUUUUGUCCACUGACAGAGUUUAACAUUUGAUUUCAGGCGUCCCGAGCUCUCAUAUCGUUCAAGAGCUCGAGUACGAUUUAUUUCACUCCUACGACAAAAGUGUGCUUCCCAAAACAACUUUAGAGAAGGGUGUUGUAGUCACAUUGGAUUUGGCGUUGAACCAGAUCAUAGAUGUGGUAAGUAGUUUAAAAGCUAUCAUUGAUAUCAACUGAUUGAGGUCAUAUGAGGGCUUGCCAUUCCGUACUUGUAGAGCCUCAUUAGUAAGUGAUGUUUACCAAUACGGUCCACAAUUUAGAGUUGGUGAAGGAUUCAAUCAAUCCAAAUUAUCCCGGGAGCCAAAGGGCAUCCGAUCGAAACUCCUGUACUUGGGCCACUGAGCAUUGUCUCUAACCAAACUAACGUUAUUUAUAGAGCCGUUGACACCAUGACAGUUCUACAAACCAGGUCUCCAACAAACUUGAGACACUUUCCAGAUCGAAUUGGAAUUGGAAUUGUUGCUUUUACCCCCCGUGUAAAGGAAUCCAGAUUGCGGAAUCUGGGAAAUUUUUACUUGUGGAAUCCGGAAUACCCACAAGGAGUCCAGAAUCCCUAUAACAACGAUUGGAAUACAGAAUCCAAGUUCCACCAACAAAUAUUGGAAUCCAGUACCUUGGAAUCCGGAAUCCACGGCGUGGAAUCCAGAAUCCAAGACUGUCCUGGAUUUCCUUAUAUGGGGCAAUGCUUUUGGUUUAGAGGAGAAAACAGGAAUACCAGUAAGAAAUACCUCUCGGCCGAGCAAUGAACAGAACCCUCAACACACUCAACUCCGAGUAACUAUAUAGCGUACGCUGAGACUCGAACCCAGGCCACAUUGGUGGGAGGAGUCAAGAGCUAAUCGUCAUCACUGACUGCGUCAUCUCAGCUGGUUCCUAAAACUGAAUUCAUUAAACUAAGCUGCAACUUUUUUUUCAACCAUUGCAGAACAAGCGAGCUCAAACAAUGACUGCUGUAAUUUGGGUGCGGCAGGUAAUAAAGAAAUACGCCAAAUUUGGUUUAUCAACUGAGUUUUCUGAGUCACCGUCAGAGCAAAGGCCUAGCAAUCAAACGUCACUUUCUCAGUUUAUUUCAGUGGGAAAUAUAUUGACUUUUAUGAAAUCAGUUGAUAAAUCCAAAUUAUGUGUUUCAAUCACCUAUACUACCGACGUAGUACCAUAGUACAUGCUCUUUCCUAGUUUAACAGAUCUUUAAAUAAAAUAGUUGUUUCCCUUUUAACUCCUCACAGAGAUUAAAGGAAAAACUUCAGAUGCAUAAAAUCAGAUUUCUUCAUGUAAAAUACAAAGAGUUAAAUAGUACUUAAUGCAACCGUUUAGUUGAAAUGGGUUGAUCUCAAUAGUAACACCAUAGCUUGGACUUUGGCUUUGGUUCUACUAGGCUUUCAGAUUCGACGGGAGCAGACUCCACCCCUAUAUUUGUUGAUUAAGGGGGAAAUUUCACCUAGACUACGAGGAAAGCUUUCCAAUAAUUAGUAAAGGAGAAAGCAAGGGUGAACGUAAACAAAUAUCAGCCUCUUUGUCCACUGAUUAAACUUAAACAGGACAUCUCCAGGUUCAAAUCUUUGUUGAUGCAACAUAACAGUCCGCUUAUUGACUGUAAAUGUUUUAUCCAUGAAUCUAUAGUAUUGGAGUGACCACAGACUUAAGUGGAAUGCUUCUGAUUAUGAUGACGUGACAUCUAUUGUGACUCAAGCCAGUCAUUUAUGGCUUCCGGACAUAACUCUUUACAACAAGUAUGUAUAGAACACGUGCUUCUUAAGGUGAUUAUAAAUAACUAAAAUGGGUCAGUUCAAUGAGCUUUUUCAACUUGUUAUCAGUACCUAUGUUGCUAACAAGAGAAUUCCAGGCAAAUUUUGUUGUGAAGGCUGAUGUUUUUCUCGUGUUUCAUGGCUUGAAAAAAAUGAUCUUGUCAAGGUUUGUUAAACCAUAGUCCUGUUUUUAUUGUUGCCGUUGUUGUUUCUGUUGUUUAAUUCUUGUUUUCUUCGAUACUCGACGGUUGGAAACCAAAUCUCUCCGUUUUACUAGUGACGAUGGAGUUGAGAAUAUUGCAAAUAUUGAUCCCUUUUUCGAUGCUAUGAGUAGAUUUGCAAAAAGCAUUGUGAAUCCAAAGCUACUGUGGGGAACACCCUGCUAUGAGUAGAUUUGCAAAAAGCAUUGCGAAUCCAAAGCUACUGUGGGGAACACCCUGCUAAUAGGUAACUUUGGAUACAACUGUUAAGGGCGGCGUUUUAUUUGAGGGGGGAAUUAAAUUUAUCAUCAUGUAAAGACUGAGAACUGUCUUAUAUUUUACACUUAAUAAAUUUUCUUGGGAGUAGUUAAUUCUGUCGCUUGUUUUCGUCUAGUGCAAAGGAUGAUUAUAAUAUCGACAAGGAGUCUUACCACAGUCUGACGAUAUCCUCUGAUGGAAACAUCUCACGAUUCUUUCCGACUAUUUACAAAUCUUCUUGCAAACUGGAUGUCACCAAUUUUCCUUUUGAUGAUCAGGUAACCCACCAAAUCAGUACUGAACAGGAGCUCUAAGAAAUUUAGGGGGCAAUUGGGGGCAAUUGGGGGCAAUUUAAGCAAGCCCGGCCGCCCGGUUAGCUCAGUUGGGAGAGCACCGGUCUGCUGAGCGGGAGGUAGCCAGGUUCACGCCCUUGCAGCACUAGCCUGUGCCAGGCUCUCAGAUAGUAUAGUGAGGACGUAUUAAACGAGCAAAGCAAAAAUAAGACGCGCGCGACUUGGCAAAGGGGGCGGUAGCGGAGGGAAAAAUGGGCCGUCUCUCCUCUUUUGUAUGUAUUUUGCGCGCCCUGGCCAGGACUCUAGAUAUCUGAUAUAGUAGACAGCUUGUUUAUUAUUCUUGUCUCGGUUUUCUUAAUAUAUACAACUUUGGCCUGGCCUCAAAAGUGAACACGAAGAAGAAAAGACGAAGUAGCCAACAGACUUGAAUGCCCUUUAUAGCAAAUCAGCUGAAACUAAUGUCCUGUUUACCUCACACAACUGAACUAGACAAAGCACAUCUGGGUAGUGGUCUCAAUAUUUUAGACUAACAAAGAAUGUUAUGUCAGAAAUUUACUUUCUUAUCGACAUUUCUCUUAGCCUUGACCACCAGUACAGAUCUCAAGGUCGACACGGUCAAGGUUAAUAAAUUUGCAAUUUAAAAAAAACAUGCCUAUACUUAGUACCAUCCCAAGAAAAGCUAGAUUUAGUUUUAUUUGGGAUUGAUUUGAUGAAGUAAAUCGGCAAUCGACAAUGUACCACAGUAUUUUAAGAUGUUAACCGCUUCAUGAAUACGUUGCUUAAAAGGAAAAGGGGGGGAUCCAGGCUCCCGGCCACCUCUGCCUUUGGCCUUUUCCCUUACCUUUUCCCAUUUUUUAAGAAAAAAGUCCUGGUGACGAGGGAGUUGUUUGGAACAAGGCGCGUUAAAAAGCGAAGGACGCGUUCCUUUACACAUCGACUACGUGCUUUAUGGUAGCCAAUUUAUUCUAAUUCAUCCACUGAUUUGAUCAUCACAAUCAGUUUUCACUCCCACACUGACGCCGCUCAACAGAGUUUAGAAACUAACCCCUAUUAUCAUCCAGGCACUUCUUCUUUCAUAGAUCAUAGGGAUAACGGUUAGUAUGAGGGGAUGUGCGCGUCUGCAAUUAAUUUGCUCUCUUGUACUUUCUCAGGUCUGCACACUCAAAUUGGGCUCCUGGGCCUACAAUAUCUAUGAAAUGGAUCUCAAUAGUAAGGGAAACGGCGACAUCAGUUCAUUUAUACCGAACGGAGAAUGGACUCUACAGAGCAUGCCUUCCAGAAGACACGAGACCAAGUUUCGCUGCUGUCCUCAUCCGUACGUGUUCCUCACAUACGACAUACACAUCAAGAGAAGAUCGCUUUAUUAUGUGUUGAACUGUUUCAUGCCCUGUUUGAUUAUGAUGGCAUUGACAAUCCUCUCUUUUUAUUUGCCAUCAGAGACAGGAGAGCGCAUGGGUGUUGGUAUAACCGUGCUGUUGUCGUUAAGUAUCAUACAGCUUAUUUUGUCCGAUUCACUUCCGCCCACGUCCGAAGUGCCGCUGAUCGUAGUAUACUACGGGCUCACUAUGCUAAACAUUUUUAUGUCGCUAGUUUUCUCGUGUAUUGUUCUUACGUUAUUCCACCAGUCUCCAUACCCAUUACCUCACUGGGUCAGGCUUUUCGUAUGCCACUGGGGCUCCAAACCCCUGCGAUUGCACAAUGAAUGGAAUCAAAUUAAAGAGAAGAGAAAACAACUGGAAAGAAAAUUAAAAUCUGCUUCCAAUACAAUGGCAUUUGAGUGUGCAGUCAACUGGAUACCAGAAAUGUCGCUGCCUUCCCACGGGCCCACUGCCACUUUGCUAAACAGCCACGAAUCCCGUGACAAAUUUAGUGACCAUAAAAAUGACUGUACACUGACGAAAAAAUUACUGGAGGAGGAACUAGAGAACGCACUUCGAGAGGAAUGGAAAUUUGCCUCGCGCGUGAUCAAUAAAUAUUUCAUGUGGAUUAUUAUAUCUGCGAUCACAAGCAACGCUUUGUACGUCAUUCUUAUGGCGCCCAGUGGUAAUCUUCUAUGA